AUGCUCUUCAACAAGACUGUAUUGGUUUCUCUGGUAACCGCUGUUCUGGCGGGUAAUGUGGACAAGUCCACUAUCACAGUCCCGCCCAACCCUGCUGCCCAUCCUACCUACGCUCCUCUGUCGGCGAAUGAUGAGCUCAUCUACGUUGGCGAAGAUAGCGAUGGUGUCAUCUGGAUCGACGAGGACAACAUCACCUACCUCGAUGGUGAGGAACUUUACGAUGGCGGGGACAGUGACCACGAGUUCAUCGAUGUCAUUGACGCGGAUGAAGACGAUCUCCAGUACGAUGAGAACGGAUACAACAUUGAGAUCGAUGAUUCUGACCCUGGCCGAGAAUGGACCAACCCCCCUCCCAAGGAGGAGUGGGAGUGGGACGAGUCUGGACAGCUGUGGAAGAAGAAGGAGUGCUGCGAGACUCUGUACCGAGAAAAGACCUUCACCAAGUGGAUCAAGCAGAAGCCCAAGACCCGAACCGCCUGGAAGACUCGGUACAAGACCAUGCUUAAGACUGUGAUCAAGACCGCCUACCAGACCAUCACCAAGACUUAUAAGCUGCCUGUCCAGACCACCACGGUCAAGAUCCCGGUCACUACCACCAAAACCUUCAAGCUUCCUCCAGUGACAGUCACGGAGACCUACCAGAAGGACCGUACUGUUGUCAAGACCCGAACUGAGUCUGAGACCUAUGACAACCCUGUCACCAAGACCCUUCAUCGAGAGUACACCGUUACAGAGACAGAGUACUUGAAGCCCACAAACGAUUGCAAGGGCAAGAAUGAUUGCUAG